CUUAAGUCAACCACGCUCAGUCCGUUCAAGACCACGCUCACUUGCGUAACGCUACCUAACCUGUGUCUCUCUUCGAAAGAGAAACCACGCGAACUCUGCGUCGCCGUUGCCCAAUUGACCGUGCCAGAAAUGACAUAAGACCCAGUCGGUCCCAUUUAACACUCUCUGGUUCUUUCUUGGCGCGAAUUGUUACGAUCGUUCUAGCGGUUUUUGAGUUAUAUCGAGUGUCCUGUUCUGUGCGCCAGUGUUGGUGACAGAAGAUGAUGGUGACAUACGUUAAGACCCUGGCGUUCCUGCUGACUUUGGCUGCUAUCUGCUCGGCUAAAGUUGGACCUAAAGUGAAAUGCUAUCCUGACAAGAUGAGGGUGGAGGUACCAAUCGUCCCCUCCACGACUAAGCAGGUGUACCUGGAAGGGUUGAAAAAUUAUCCUGAUCCAGCCUGUAGGCCACAUACGGAUGCCACUGGUACCCUUGCUGUGCUGGAGCUUGAUCUUGGAGACGUAUACCGUUGUGCAGUGACCAGGGUGGUCAAUGAAAAAACUGGAAAACAAAUCUUCUACCAAACCCUCGUAGUAGAAGGGGAGGAAAAAACGGACGAUGGCCAGUCGAAGAAGACAAGAGAAACGAUACACGUCAAGUGCUCCAUCCUGUCCUUGAGGAACAACCACACGGUGGCAAGGAGGAGUGUACUCCCAGCGGGAUUCCAGGAACCGGAAGACUUAGAAAUAACGAAAACUGUAACUGAAGUGGCCCCCGAACCGAUCCUUGGGGUAGGCGUUAGACAGGCUGGCAAAUUGGUCACUGGGGAGCUCAAUGUGUCGCCCGGCACUCCUCUUCAGAUGGAAAUAUUUCUCGACAAGGUCUCGGCAGCCAUCUAUGGCAUCUUGGUGACACACAUGCAGGUCACUGAUACGAAAUCCCAGGAAGAGACUAUCAUCUAUAAUGGGUGUUCAGUCGACCCCUACCUCUUCGAGAACUUCCAGACCGAGGACGGUGAUUUCCUGACUGCCAAGUUUCGUGCCUUCAAGUUCCCGGAAUCAACUUACGUCCAAUUUAAGGGGACGGUGAACGUUUGCCUGAACAAGUGCCAGGGGGUUGAAUGCAGCGAUGGACAAAUCGGCUACGGCCGCAGGAGAAGGUCCCUCCCUACCCUCCCUGCUGAUCCCAACAAGAUAUUCGAGAUCACCAUCACCUCCUUCAUCAAGGUCAACUACGACGAAAACUCCGAGAACUUCGAGGCUCUGAUCAAAAACCAGACCAAAAUCUUCGAGAAAGGAUCCAUCAGUAAGCUCCAAACCCACAACAUGCAAGACAGGAGGUUUUACGAAACGGUUCAGAAUCAAGAACAGACCGAGAACAGACCCCUGCUCAUCCAGAAGGAGAAGGAACAGUACAUCACCAUCACCGAUCAAGUCACCGACUCUGCCAUUAGCACCAUUGGCAACGCUCUGAUCGUAUUGAUAUGCCCGGUAUUGCUCCUCUUGAGAUUUUGAGAAAGGGACAGUCAAGGUCAUCGGUGAUACUGCUUUUGGGGUAGUAUCGACCGAGCAAUGAUACUUUUGUAUAUUUUAAAAAAGGAAUAAGACAAAAUUGCAGCAACAUUGGUCUUCAGGAGUAUUCGAGAAGGGUUUUCUUCCUGACUGCGUGAUCCAAGAAUAAUAACGGGUCUAUAACAGAACCAUGGGGAUCACCAUACAGUUCCCCUUCAAAUUGCUGAAUAGCUUUCAGUUAAGAUUACUUCUCAAUUAACGUGAACUAAAACCAAUGAUUCUUAACAUUUUUUAAUAGUUUCCUGGAGACCAACUUCAAUAAUUCAAGUCUGUGAUAACUCUUUGCAUAGAGCAAUACUUGGUAUCAUUUUUUUUCGGUAUACGUAGUGCAUUGUAUCGAGCUCAAAUUUACGAUUAGCAUUUAAUUCUUUAACGACCAGUCGGUUAGCUUAUCUUCCAAUAAAAUUAGGUUAAACUUGUUGUACAUAUUUCGAGAAUAUUGUUUAGAUAUUUCCAAUCACAUUUCUGUGCCCCUUCAUCUUAUACGUCAAUAAGAUAGAGUCUCAUGAUGGAUAUCAUUCUUUUGUUGACGAAAACUGAAUUUCUUUGCAUUGACGACGCGUAUGAAUCUCUCUUUGUAAGUCUUCUAUACAGAAUCGCAGAUGCCCAUCAAUUGUGAAGCAGAAAAGAUGGAAAAUCCUAUGAUUUAUAGAAGAAAUACCGAGAUAAACCGUUCGGAUUUCCAUUUGGAAAUGAAGGGGUGAUUUUUCACGCAGUCGUUGUAAUUUGGGAUUGUUGUGAUUUUCGCCACUACCGUUCGAAUGUUCAAACUGCCUUGAAGUUACUGCCUUCUCAAUUUGUCUUACGCUAGCUCUUUGUCCAUUUGAAAUUGCUUCGUAAUUAUGGAUUAACAUUGUCACUAGUCUGUAUCUGCCACUGUAAUAAAUUUUAUAGUAACUA